GAAGAAGAAGAAGAAGAAAUUGUUUGUUGUGAAAACCUGGCAACCAUCCUAAAGCUGAACAACACGCUGGUGUGUGUCGUUCAGAUGAGGUACGUUUUUGGAUAAUCGUCAUCAAGCCUUGCUUUUAAAGAGCAAUAGCUAAAUUCAUGUUCAGCGAAGCUCCUUCCACAACAAUCACACAUUGAGCAAUUCACCAAUAAAUGCUGGAAUAUUCCCAUCAAUUUACAAGUGCAGAAGAAAGCAUCAGGAAGAGCUGAAAUCUGCAAAGGUUGAGUUUAUUAAAGAGGAAAGAGAGAUGAUGAGAGAUCAAGAACCCUGCAGAAUGAAACCCACGGAAGAAACUGAAGAACAAACAGUUUUUACUUCUAUUUCAGAGUUGAUUGAAGAAAACGAGAAGAAAGAAGAAUUGACUGAGGAAGACCUGAAGAAGCACCUGAAUGUUCAUAAAAAGGAGAAACCACAUUCACGUUCUUUGUGUGGGAAGAGUUGUUCAUGUCUACAACAUGUAAAAGAACAUCAGAAAAAACAUACGAGUGUGAGAGAGUACAUGUGUUUUGAGUGUGAAAAGACUUUUACUUCAGCGAAGUGUUUAAAACAGCACCAGAGGAUCCACACUGGAGAGAAACCGUACAAGUGUUCACACUGUGACAAGAGAUUCAGUCGGUCAGGACAUGUGAGCAGACACGAGAGGAUUCACACUGGAGAGAAACCGUACACAUGUGAUCUGUGCGGGAAGAGUUUCAGACUAAAAGGACACCUUACUGCACAUAAGAGCGUUCAUACUGGAGAGAAACCAUUCACUUGUGAUCAGUGUGGAAAGAGUUUCGCUCAAUCUGUCAGACUUCGGGAGCACGUGAAUAUCCACACUGGAGAGAAACUCUACCCAUGUGAUCAGUGCGGCAAAACAUUUUUGUGGGCUUCAGUCCUGAAGAAACACCUGAACGUUCAUACAAAGGAAAAGCCACAUUCAUGUUCUUUGUGUGGAAAGCAUUUUUCACUUCUACAUCAUUUAAAAGAGCAUCAGAAAACACAUACUGGUGUGAAAGAGUACAUGUGCUUCGAGUGUGAAAAAACAUUUAUUUCGGCUUACUGUUUAAAACUUCAUGAGAGGAUCCACACUGGAGAGAAACCUUAUAAGUGUUCACACUGUGACAAGAGAUUCAAUCAGUCAGGAAUCCUGAAAGCACACGAGAGGAUACACACUGGAGAGAAACCGUAUCACUGCACUGCAUGUGGGAAGAGUUUCAGUCAAUCAUCAUCUCUAUACAAUCAUACAAAAAGCAUUCACAAGUUGAUUGAAGAAAACAAGGAUAAAGAAGAAUUGAAUGAUUUUGAGGAGGAAAGUCUUGUUAAAACUGGAGAAAAACCCUUAAGAAGAGGCAAUAAAUCUUUCACCUGCACUCAGUGUGGGAAGAGGUUGACAAAAAAACGUCAUCUUGAGCUUCACAUGAGAGUUCAUACUGGAGGGAAGCUGUAUGCAUGUGAUCAGUGCGGCAAAACAUUUUUGUGGGCUUCAGACCUGAAGAAGCACUUGAAUGUUCAUACAAAGGAGAAGCCACAUUCACGUUCUUUGUGUGGAAAGAGUUGUUCAUGUCUACAACAUUUAAAAGAACAUCAGAAAAAACAUACUGGUGUGAGAGAGUACAUGUGCUUCGAGUGUGAAAAGACUUUUACUUCAGCGAAGUGUUUAAAACAGCACCAGAGGAUCCACACUGGAGAGAAACCGUACAAGUGUUCACACUGUGACAAGAGAUUCAGUCGGUCAGGACAUGUGAGCAGACACGAGAGGAUUCACACUGGAGAGAAACCGUACACAUGUGAUCUGUGCGGGAAGAGUUUCAGACUAAAAGGACACCUUACUGCACAUAAGAGCGUUCAUACUGGAGAGAAACCAUUCACUUGUGAUCAGUGUGGAAAGAGUUUCGCUCAAUCUGUCAGACUUCGGGAGCAUGUGAAUAUCCACACUGGAGAGAAACUCUACCCAUGUGAUCAGUGCGGCAAAACAUUUUUGUGGGCUUCAGUCCUGAAGAAACACCUGAACGUUCAUACAAAGGAAAAGCCACAUUCAUGUUCUUUGUGUGGAAAGCAUUUUUCACUUCUACAUCAUUUAAAAGAGCAUCAGAAAACACAUACUGGUGUGAAAGAGUACAUGUGCUUCGAGUGUGAAAAAACAUUUAUUUCGGCUUACUGUUUAAAACUGCAUGAGAGGAUCCACACUGGAGAGAAACCUUAUAAGUGUUCACACUGUGACAAGAGAUUCAAUCAGUCAGGAAUCCUGAAAGCACACGAGAGGAUACACACUGGAGAGAAACCGUAUCACUGCACUGCAUGUGGGAAGAGUUUCAGUCAAUCAUCAUCUCUAUACAAUCAUACAAAAAGCAUUCACAGUAAUAGAUCCAGGACUUUCAGGUCUGAUGCUGCAUCCUCAUCAAAUGUGACAUGGUAAUGCAUCGACCAAAAAAAAAAUCAUAUCAUCAGGAUAAAUCACAGAAACAUUAUCUAAAGUUUUGAUUGUGAAUAAUCUUCAAAACCAACAGAUUCAACAAUGAGAUUCAGAUCAACUCAAAGAUGGAGUUCCUAUUAAGUUUAAUAUUGUUUUCAGUUGUCUUAAAAUGCAUGUGUCACUUGUAGUUUGCUUACUGUUUUGUGAAGAAAUAUAGAAGUUGACCAACCGUUCUUGUUCAGGAAGCUGAAGAAGAUCCUAUAAAACCUUUAAAGAAACUGGGAAUAAUUUGUAUUUGUUGGUUUUUAAACCACUAGUUAUUCUCCUUCAAUGACAUAUUUAGAAAACACAGAUGCAAGAUACACUCUCAUGUAGCUAUGGCUACGUUCACACUGCAGGCUGAAACGACCCAAUUGCGAUUUUUUUUGCCCCUAUGCGACCUGUAUCUGAUCUUUUCAUGACAGUUUGAACGACACAGAUCCGACUUGGGUAUGUGGUCAUGAAUCCGAUACGUAUCCGAUCUUUUGAAAUGGCUACGUUCACACUGCAGGCUGAAACGGCCCAAUUCUAAUUUUUUUUGCCCCUAUGCGACCUGUAUCUGAUCUUUUCAUGACAGUCUGAACGACACAGAUCCGACUUGGGUAUGUGGUCCUGAAUCCGAUACUUAUCCGAUCUUUUGAAAUGUGACCUCCAUCUGAACGGCCAGGCCACAUGUAUCCGACCUGCACGUCAUUGAUACGCUACAAACGUCAUAAUUCUGCGUCAAAGUAGGCGGGAACGAGAAGAUAAACAACAACCAUGCAGACCAGUCAAUGGAAGGGAAGCGAGGUCACAGAUUUAAUUAAUAUUUGGGGUGACUGUUCUAUUCAGGCCAAACUCGAGGGCUCCAGCGAAAUGGCCGAGCGUGGUUACAGAUGAUCCUGGCUCCAAUG